CAAACCAAAAUGGCGGCCGGAGUGAGAAAGGUGUUACAAACUGCAAAUCGUGUAAAUAAUACACUUUUACCCCAGUUUGAAAGCCUCAAGCAGCACAGACUUGGUAAGUCUGCGUAUAAUAUUUAUGUGGACUACAAGAAUGUGUUCGUGGAUUUUUUGAAAGGCAUCAAAAAGAGGCCUUUAAAGUCAAUGGUUCAGUUUGGAUUGGUUGGUGUAGGGUAUCUGGUAUAUCGUCACAAUCCUGACGAGAAUACAUAUUACGAUACUGUUAUGGAGAACAAUUUAGCGCUCUUACAAAUCAGUAAUAGUAUCAGAAGCCCGGAAUCUGAUAGCUAUACACAGAGCAUUCAAAAGCUUUAUAAUCAAGGCAGACUCCAGAGGCAGAGCUUUGGCAUUUUCUCUUUAAUGUUGCUCAAAGAUUAUGGUAAAGAAUACGAUGGAUAUGAAAAACAUUGCUAUUAUACCAAGACCAGAUGGGUGUAUCUAUGGAAACAAGUGAUUGACAUUGGAGUCUUGGGACAUUGGUAUUACCUUGAGAAAUCAAUGAAUGAUUUUGAUAUUAAUUAUGAAGAGUUAAAAGACUGCCCAGAUGAUGUUGAGGAGGGUAAUGUCUGGGUAAAAAAGGUGUCGAAGAUGAGUUUAAACCUGAAGGACUUUGUGGGGGAUUUGUUGUUUUGCAUGAAGCAAAGCAUGACAUCAUCUGAAACAUGAUAGCUGUCCAAUUUUUUGGUCGUCAUUUCCAAUUAGUUUCCGUGAUAAAAAAGUAAUCUAGACUGUUGUUAGAUGCAAGAUUAUGGCUGUCAUGCCUUUGCAAGACCUAUUGCAACAUUGGUGCAAUUGUUAGAGUGGUCCAUUUUUAGAGUGCAUGGAUGUGGCUGUACAUUAAUGUUUUCACAAUUUCUGGUUUAUUCCAAACCAUUGAAAAUACGGCCAGAAUGCCAGAAAGCUGUUGAACAUUUGGGGGUAUUCCACUGUUUCUUCCCAUCAUGCAUUGCAUCAUAGGUUUAUUUUAAAUAGUGUAGAGAUAGAAUAGUUGUCAUUGUUGUAUCAUGUCUCAUUUCAUCCAUAUUUUCUCAGUAUACACAGAUGCACAAACGUUUGUGCCUGCUAGAAACAAGUGCCUUAUAGGAUAUUCAAUGGUAUGCCAUUAAAAAUCAUUGUAUAAUCAGUAUAUAUCAUCCACAUGAUUAAAGCUAGAUUCGUCA